GUCUGCGAUUACCCGUCAUCAAUAAACCCAAGGCGUUAUUUACCCUUUGAAAUCAAUCGUAAAACAGAGCAAAGGUAUAAUACAGCAGAUCAAGUUAUGCCGCCUACUGUUUAUGAUAAAUGGGUGCAAAUACAAAUAGCAUUGCCUGAAGGAUUUCUCAAAUUUUGCAAGUUAUUUUGAACAUACAGCAAAAAUUUCGCAAAAUCACUCAAAUGAAUAGCUUUUCCUAUAGCUCUUUUGCUACCUUCUCCAAUAAACAAUCUUUAAAAGUGUAUUGCCCUUAAAAAGUAUAGUUCAUGAAACUAAUUGUUUAUUUUCGAUCCGAGAGCGAACGCCUAAUCACACAUGACAUUUAAGGGACCGUUUUACGUCAAGAUCCUUGGAAGAGCAAAGGCGCGCAAAGCUGCCACAAAAUCUCCUAACUUAGCCAAUGGCUCCUAAGGCCUGAAACCUCAACGAUGAUCAAAAUGUGUUGUUAGCAGACAAAGGGAAUCAAAAUGUCAAUGAGACAGGUUGGGUUACUGACAGCAGGGGCGCAACCAUGGAGUCCAAGAAUGUGUGCUGCAUGUGGCGAAAGAUUUGCUUAUUGUUCAACUUUAGCUAUAUACAUAUAUGAGUGGGAUGCCAAUCUGAAGAAGUUCAAUCUCCACUCAGUAGUAUCUGCACACAAGAAGACCAUAACUUCAAUCAGCUGGAAUCCAAAAGAUCCAAACAUUCUAGCAAGUGCAAGUACUGACAAGGAAAUUAUUCUCUGGGACAUCUCAGAUCAAAGAGUUAUUGCUCGCUUGAAACAAAUAAAGGAGUCUCCUGUUUGCAUUGAAUGGUCACCUCAUGAAAAGGAUGUUAUUUCAUUUAUUUAUGGUUGUGGUCCACUAUUUAUGUGGAACAGCUCUUUGAAUCAAGAAGUGACCUCCCACAAAGAAACAUUUAGUUUCUAUUCUGAUGUAGCACACUUCUCUUGGAAUCACAAAAGAAUAGGAAAAUUAGCGUUUGGUCACAAAGAUGGCUCAAUCUCUUUGCUCAAUCCUGGUAAAAAAGCACAAAAACAUAUUUUACGACCAGAUAGCUCUGAGGAAAAUGGAGAAGAGGAAUCAGUUCAAAUGCUGGAGUGGGACUCAUUGUCACUCGAUUACUUGCUUGUUGCGUAUAAAAAUCGGACUGGAAUUAGGCUGAUUGACACAGAUUCUAUGAAUAUAAUAAUGAGCUUCAAAUUGCCUAGUGCUGCUGCAAGAAUCUCAGGUUUCUCAUGGAUCUUAAAUGCUCCAGGCAUGUUUGUGACUGGAGAUACACAAAGUGGAGUUUUGCGAUUAUGGAGUGUUUCCAGAGAUUCGCCAGUUUUGAAUUUGAAAAUAAAGGAGACUGGUUUUCACUCAAUCUGUGUAAUUCAUAGAAACAAGGCACUAGACUAUCUGCCAAUGGAUAGUGGAAGAGGAUGGGCUGCAGCCUCAUCUACUUCACUGUCUGCAGGCAAAUCAUCUUCAACUCCAAACUCUGCAUACCAAAUUCCCCCUGCACAUGUAGUUUGUACGUUUUUGGAUGGAGGUAUUGGACUCUAUGAUAUCAGCAAACGAAGAUGGGAUUUUCUAAGGGACUAUGGACAUAUUGAAACCAUAUUUGACUGUAAAUUUCAUCCUGAUGACCCAGAUCUUCUUGCAACUUGCUCUUUUGAUGGUACAAUUAAAGUAUGGAAUAUUCAAACAAUGGAAGCUGUGAAAUCAACUUCUAGAAAUGAAACUGCGAUAUAUUCCAUAUCAUGGGCACCAGGGGACUUGAAUUGCUUGGUAGCUGCAACCUCUCGCAGUGGUUGUUUUAUUUGGGAUGUUGAAAAAGAACGCAUCAUUAUGCGGUUUAAUGAGCAUGGCAAAAGCAGUGUUUUUACUGCUUCGUGGAAUCAAAGAGACUCAAAAUACAUCGCAUCAGCAGGCUCAGACAACAACUGCAUUGUUCGAAUGGUGGAUGGAACAUUAGUGAAACGAUACAAACAUCCGGCAUCAGUGUUCGGUUGUGACUGGAGCCCAAACAACCGAGAUCUUUUGGCAACUGGCUGCGAAGAUAAAGUGGUUAGAGUGUUUUACCUUCCAUCAAAAGGAGAGACAGCCAUUCGCACAUUUACAGGCCAUUCCUCCAAAAUCUUUCACGUCAAAUGGUCGCCUUUGAGAGAAGGCAUUUUAUGCAGUGGAUCAGAUGAUGGGACCAUUCGAAUCUGGGAUUACAGCCAGGAUGGCUGUGUGACUGUUCUCGAAGGGCACACAGCUCCCGUGCGUGGUCUGCUAUGGCACUCAGAGUUUCCUGAUGUCCUUAUCUCUGGCAGUUGGGAUUAUUCAUUGCGAAUAUGGGAUGUCAAGACUGGUUAUUGUAUAGAAAAAAAUUCAGAUCACGCGGCUGAUGUUUAUGGGCUGGCAUGCCAUCGACAGAGGCCAUUUAUUCUAGCUUCGUCGUCACGUGAUUCAACGGUCAGGAUCUGGGCACUAGACUACUUUACAAGGCCACUUUACUUGCGACUUCUCUGUGGCUUGCAGUUUAGUGAAAUCCUGCAGACUCAACCAGUAAUUGAAGAGGAGCAGAAUGAAAUUUCUUCGGAAAGCAAAUGGAAGUUCGCAGGCACCUUCUCAAGUCACAUCAAUUCACUAAUCGAGCACGAAUCUGACAGAUAUUGUAGGAAAGUUGCCAAACUAUAUUCGCGCUUGUUUUUGGCCCCGUUUGGUUUGAAGAAUCUGUGGGUUCUUGUUUCUGUUCUCCUGGAAAAUGACCAACAACAACUGCCUUCGGACUACAACAAAGGCAUUAUGCACACAAGACAUGCUGUCAAGUAUAGAGCUUCCCAGGCUCAAGAACUAGAGACUGUUAGAGCAAGCAACUCUGGAUUCUCAAUCGGCACUGCUUCAAAAGAGGCGAAACUAUUGGAAGCUGCUGAUAUUCAGCUCAAAAUGGGUCAGAUCGAAAGAUACUGCGAGAUCAUGCUGGAGUUAGGCCACUGGGACAAAGCACUUGCAGCUGCACCUGGUGUUUCAAUGGAAUACUGGAAGCAACUUUCUAUAAGGAGGGCAGAUCAACUUGUCAUGGAAGAUAAUAUCGAAGCUGUGCCAUACUGUGUUGCUGCUGGACAAAUUGAAAAGUUGAUCGAGUUUUUGACCAGCCGCUGUCAGCUUCAAGAUGCCGUUGUAAUUGCGCAGGCGGCCUGCGAGGGUUAUUUCACUAAAGCAGUGACUCACGAUGAAAAUCGAAAUUCGCUGCGAAAGAAUGAUCCUAUUGUGAAUGGCGUCGAUCAUAACGCUGGAGAUGGAUCCAAGCUUUUACAAGAAACGAGCACUCGUUUGUCUGACUGGUAUUUCAUGGAUGCACAACCGGUGUUGUCCGCCUGUUGUCAUCUAGCUGUUGGUGACACCAAGAAUGCCAUUGCCAAGUUAAUCCGUGCAAACGAACUGGAGCUAGCUUUAUGCCUAUGCCGGAUAUUACCAGAUACAAAAGAUCUCCUUGAAAUUUCUACACUGCUCUUGGUAAAGCGAUGUGAAAAACUAGGUCAAUGGAAAGAUGCCUUCACCUUACUUGACAAACUAGAAAACAAAGAUAAACAUGUUAUCAAAGUCUGUGCUCGGUUUUCGGGAACUAACCAAGAAAUAAAUGAUAUGCAUAACAGGGCUGGCUUACCUUCUAUGGAAGAAUGUGCCAUCAAAGCAUCAAAGUUAAAAGAAGAAAAUAACAUGCUUGCAGCCCUAGAAUAUAUCAUUAUUUCACCACAUCCUGAACAGGCUCUUGAUGUUGGCCUAUCUCUUAUUAAAGGAGUUUUCGCCAAGAAGUUUUGGCUCCUUGACGAAGUUUUGCCCGUCACUGACCUCCUUUCUUGUAUCAGAAGUGAAAAGUUACAAUUUGGUAAAAUUUCAAAACUGCGACAUGAAUUGUUAGUGGUUAGUGCCUAUAUAGCUGCUCUUCAUGCCAUUCGAAAGAGGUAUUUUCCUGUUGUACUGCCGUUGUUCCAGGCCGUCAGUUAUAUGCUGUCUAAAGACAAGUGCGAAGUUGGUUUGAAGCAAGCGCAGGUACAAGCAGAAUCAGAAGCAUGGUUGGUUCACUGGCUGCAAACACGGAAGACAUCUACGCCCGUCGUUUUACCAUCAGAAGAUCAGACACAUGUUUGGAGUGCUUUGAAAACGAAAAUUGGCGAAGAACCGAACCAAUACGACUGUGGCGAGUAUAUGGUGGCAGGGUCGCAUUUCCCAAGUCAUUCUGAAGCUCAUCUCUCCAUGUUCACAAAAAGAAAAAUCAUGGGUCACGUGUUCUUCUUGGAGGAUGGUUUUUCCGCGCUUCCAUACAACGAGGCUCUUAUGUGGGCUAGAGUCAAUAGUUUUUCACCUCUCGGAUCUGGACUUCAUAUCAACCCGUUUUAAUUUAAUCAUAGUCUGGUGUAAAUUUUUGUAUAACUUAAGGGUAAAGAGCAUGAUUAUUUAACUACUAAUAAUGAUUUUGACAUUAUUAGAAUUUUGUAAAAAUGACCGUUUGUCUUCAUUGAUGUUUUCCCAUGAUGUAUCGUUUGCAAUUGACUUAGUCAAUACGCACCCAGAUCUUACCUCGACAUCACUCGUUCGUAGGCAUGGCCUCUACUUAGAGGUCGUCUCUUGCAAGGUAUCACAUCUGCCUAGGCAUCGCCUUUACCUAGACAUGACCUCUACAUAGACAUAACCGCUACCUAGACAUCCCCACUAGCUAGGCAUCCCCAAUCAUCUCUAUCUAGACAUCCCCAUCACCUCUCACCUCUACCUAAGCAUCACCUUUACCUAGGUAUGACUGCUGUCUAGACACCGCCUCUACCUAGGCAACACCUCUAUCUAGACAUCACCUCUACCUGCCCAACACCCCUACCUAUACCCAAACCCUACAUUGGCAUUCAUCAUCACCUCUAGAUAGACGAAAGAGAUCAAGCAUUUGUUAUAGUUACUAAUUAUUUUUUCAUUUUGUAAAUCGAUUGA